CACCUCUGAAGGUCCCAGGUGGAGCGAGGGCGGAGCGCACCUCUGAAGGUCCCAGGUGCAGCGAGGGCGGAGCGCACCUCUGAAGCUCCCAGGUGGAGCGAGGGCGGAGCGCACCUCUGAAGGUCCCAGGUGGAGCGAGGGCGGAGCAUUCAUCAGAUGAAGCGGAGGCACAGUUGCCACACACCCUGCAGGCACAGCUCUUCAAGCUCCUGCCACCAUGGGUUUGUCUCCAUCCACGUGCUGCGAAGGUCUCAGUCAGACGUGCUACUUCUCAUGGCAUCACGUGGUUGUUGCUGUUGUUCUCUCUGUCAAGCAGGAACAUGUGUUUCCAGACACGGUGGUCAGGUUUGUUGCUGAAGAUGACCCCAAACGUAACGCGCUGGUGUAGCUGUGUCGCGCGUGUCAGGGACGUGAGCACGCCACCUUAUGGUCCGUUGAUGGUGAAGAAAGCCUGUUGACCAGCGUGGGGCCCAACCCUCCCAGCCAGAGCGCUUCUCCUGGUGUCAGCGCUCGCGGGGUUGAUCCUGCACUGACGCCGCCUCACGAGCAGCAAGUCAAGGCCGGUUCAUCCACUGAGCGGGUGACCGGGCCGUUACGUAACACCGCGCUCCUCCAAGAACAUGGCUUCUGCUAACACUGGUCAGACCCCGACUUGCACCAGAAAAACAGCUGCCAAAUAUGGCCUUGUCUUCAUCGCCUGUGCUUAAAUCCCCUGGUGAUUUGUUGUUUAGUGUUCGUGUUUCAACUUUAUUGUGAUGUGUUUUGAACAGGAAUAUAUCCAUUACACUGGCAGCGAUGGAUCUGUACUGUCUCACCGCUGUAACACGUAUAUAACCGUGAGACCUCUCUCACCGACUCAUUCAUUGUAUUUAUUACUGUGUUCACGGAGUCGGCCAACCAUUAAGCCCCGCCCCUCGCGCUGACGAUUGGUCAAUGCAGCCGCGCUCUGAGACGCUAUUGGCUGAAGGAGCUGUCGGUCAUUGUCGCACAUCCGGCGCAAACCGAAUCCCGGAGCUCGGUUCGGAACCGGAAGCUGCGGCGCCGCUCCUCCACCGAGCGCGUACCGAGCGAGUACCGAGCAGGUUUGUGGCUCCUCCGCCAGCGACACGAGAGCGGCCAGUGCGCCAGGAUGGAGAGAGCGGAGGGGCGCGCGCGCGUGUCGUGGGAUUAGCCGGCUAGCUGUGCGGUGCUCGGCCUCUGGCCUCCGACUCCUCGCCGCUUCUGGGUUUGGCCUCAGCCGCCGACAUGAAGAGGCUGGACAGCCUCCACAGGUUCAUGAACAGACGCGCCUCUGCUAACUGUCGCUACCAGCCCACGUGCUACGAGCACGCCGCCAACUGCUACACUCACGCAUUCCUCAUCGCUCCGGCCAUGAUGGGCGUGGCGCUGCUGCACCGCCUGUCCGACACCAGCUGGGAGCGCCUCACCGCCUGGGUCUACGGCCUGGGCCUCUGCGCCCUCUUCCUGGUCUCCACCGUCUUCCACGUGGUCACGUGGAAGAAGAGUCACAUGAGGUCAGUGGAGCAGUGUUUCCACAUGUGCGACCGGGUGGUGAUCUACUUCUUCAUCGCCGCCUCCUACACUCCCUGGCUGAACCUCCGUGAGCUGGGCCCCCUGGCUGCACACAUGCGCUGGUUCGUGUGGCUGAUGGCUGCUGCUGGGACCUUCUACGUCUUCAACUACCACGAGAAGUACAAGCUGGUGGAGCUGGCCUUCUACUUGACCAUGGGCUUCUUCCCUGCCUCAGUUGUGACGUCGAUGAGCAACACGGAGGGCCUCCAGGAACUGGCCUGCGGCGGCCUCAUCUACUGCCUGGGCGUCGUCUUCUUCAAGAGCGACGGCAUCAUCCCCUUCGCUCACGCCAUCUGGCACAUCUUUGUGGCGCUGGCAGCCGCCGUCCACUACUACGCCAUCUGGAAGUAUCUCUACAAGGCGCCCGGCGCCGACUCGCAGCUGGACUCCUGAACCGCCACCACAUACUGCCAUUGAUGACGGGUGGCACCAAGUCACGUCCACGUCCUCUGGGACCGGAGACAUGCCCUCUGUGACUGGUGACUCGUGUGCUUGCUGACGGUCGGACUGUCACUCCACGUGGUUCCGUCUUGACUUGUGAUGAUGUCAUGGACUCUUGACUGCUUGUAUGUGUCAUUACUGGGAAGAACCACAAACUUUUGCCAGACCUGUGACCUGAACACUGACUGAAGAAAUGCAUUAGAACUGGAGAUCUUGACUCUGGGUCUAUGACGAGUCCUACAGACUCAGACAUGACUUGACAUGAACAUCCGUCACGACUUGAAGCUCUUCUGGGUCUGACUUGGACUUGUCACCGAUGCUCUGGAUGUUGUCGGUCCACUGUUUACAAGUUUUUCAUUCUACAAAAACUUUUUAUGCCCGUGUCACCUUUGACAUGUGAAUUUUCUACGUCUCAAGUCGCUAUCAUUCCACAACCGAGGCCGUGUGGCCCCUCGACUUUCUUAACUGCAGUACGAGCCGUUGACGUUUCAGUCACCUGUGAAGCAACUGCCCAGUGAAAUGUUUCCUCUCGCAGGUGACCUGUCGAGUCAUGUUCCGCGCUCACAAGUCAGCGGGAGCUCGGAGUCACUUUGGCGUUUGAUGCCAAACACGAGGGGCGAGGUGUGUUCACUGUCGACAGGAACCACGGGCUUCUUGUUGCUGCGGCUCCCUCUAGUGGCGCGACCCUAGCCUUUCAGGGAGGACUUAAAACGUCAACGUCUGGUUGGUGGUGCGAUUGUCAGGACAUCGAGGACCGAGUGAACCUGUGUUUGACCUUUGCCUUUGCUGCUCGUCCGUUCACGGCGCUGCGGCGCCUCUGUGACUGAAAUAAAGCUCCUGACUGUCUCCCGCUCUCCAUGUGCUUCUUCCUCCUCCGUCGUCGUCGUCGUCGUCAUGGCAACCUCUGCGCCGCGGCCUGAUGUGGGCAGACGUGCGGAAGAAGCAGGCGACUGCUAUAGUUCCAUAUUCUUUAAUAAUCUUGGAUCUGUUGUGCCUUUAAAAUACAUAGUAAUGUCGAUAGGAAAAAUACUGUACAAAAACAACAGAAGAGGUUCAUAUAAACAUUUCUCUGGUAACCAAUAUAUCUUCUCUGCUGCGAGUCGUUUGGUCUGCAGUAAACAAAUGGAGCUUCGCCGUCCAACCCUUCCUCCUCCACACCGGUACAUUCAUUCAGCCGUCGUGACGGACGGACGGCCGACAGAGACUACGAACAUCUGGAUCGACUCUAAAAGAAAAGCAUGCUAGAAGCCAAAGGAUGAUCAACAAAACAAGACAAAAGGGAGGGAAAUGAAGCUUCUGCGGUGAGAGAACUCACUACGACAAUCAGUUACACGUCUCUUUUCUAAUGUCACAACACCACCUUCCGUCUCCAGGAGCUGCUGAUAAAUAAGUGGCGGCGGGAAGGGAGGAGCGAUUGUGGCGACGCUUUAGUGCGGGCGGGCGCUGAAGAGUCCCCGCGAGGGACGUCAGGACUAGUUCAGGUGGUGGAGAUGGGGCUGUUAUUGCUCGCGGCGAGGAACAGACGAGGGCAACAGUGUGGAGAAAUGCAGGUGCGCGAGGAAAGAGCCCAAGUGAAAGACCACAUCUGAAUUUAGAGGAGCAUCUCCACGGACAGAAGCUGAAAGUAUCGUCACAGUCUAGAGGAACCUGAAGAAGGCGCUCUUAGAAACCACCUGAAAAGACGACGUCACCAGGAGACGAAAUGGAAAAAAGAAAACAAGCAACAGAACCCACCAAACAUUUGCAACGAUGGGAGGAAAGUGGGCUCUCGCCAGUAUCGAAUGGUUUGGAGGGCCGGGGCAAGAUGAACGGGUGAGUCAUGAUGGGUGAGCUGAGAGG